GUUCCAAACCAAAGAACAGCACAAGAUCUGAGUUGGUGUUAGUUCUGCAGGAACUGUCUCAGUACCUUUCAAGCAGUACUGUAGAGGCAGCUUCCACCCAAGACAAGUCAUGGUUGCUGUUCACCAUCACACAGAGGUUGGCACAGUAUGGAGAGCAAGACAAGCUCAACAUGCAAGCUGAUCUCUGUUCUUGUCUGAGAGUGGCUGCGUCAUUGUCUCCAUACCUAUUCUACGUUGAUGAGUUGUGGAGCAGCACAUUUACUGUAGCUACUCUGGAGGCCUCUGUACACUUAAUAAACACAUACGUGAGAAAUUUUUGUUGCGAAGGUAUAGUUUUACCUUGGUCGCUGACUCUUUACUUUGUGAGGGGAUUACUGUCAUUGUGCUCACAAAGAAGCCAAAGUUUGAACAGCGCUGUACUGAAUCAAGGUUUUGGAAAGUCUCCACUUAUAGUGGUCUCCUUGAUAAUGCAUUAUCCAGUGGUUGAAGGGGCUUUGGGUAGGGAGUUAUGCAGCAGCCAUGGUUCCAGUAGUGAACAUUUUGUUAUCUUCAACAGACUACGUUCUGUGUACAUGUGGGCAACAGAACUGCUGGGGCAGACACUCUCACUGGAGCCACCGUGCCCUGAACCGUGGAUAUCUGGGGCAGCCAUCUUUGCUGUCUGUGCAUCUGCCGGGCAUAG